AUGGAAGGGGAAACUCUACCCCUCGCUCAAUAUCUGUUCAAGCGUCUUCGCCAACUGGGUGUGGACUCUAUCUUUGGAGUACCAGGUGACUACAACCUGACACUUCUGGAUCAUGUCGUGCCUUCGGGACUCAAAUGGGUGGGAAAUUGCAACGAGCUAAAUGCGGGCUAUGCUGCGGAUGGGUACUCUCGGAUCAAAGAUAUUGGCGCGGUGGUGACCACCUUUGGCGUUGGAGAGCUGUCUGCCAUUAAUGCCAUUGCAGGGGCAUAUGCAGAGAGAGCCCCAGUUGUGCAUAUUGUUGGGACACCCAUGCGCGCCUCGCAGGAGUCUCGCGCAUUGAUCCAUCACACCUUCAAUGAUGGUGAUUAUCAGCGUUUUGACGCUAUACAGGAACAUGUCACUGUAGCGCAGGCCAGCCUGAAUGAUCACCGCACAGCACCGUCCGAGAUUGACAGCAUUCUGCUGCAAUGUUUGCUACACAGUCGACCUGUUCGUAUCGCUAUUCCUGUUGAUAUGGUGCCUGUACUUGUCCCAGUAGCGGGCUUGUCGUCAAAUAUCCAAAUCCCGCGCGCCGUGCGCCAGCCACAGGUGGAGGACGCAGCCCUCAAUGCUGUCCUUAAUAGAAUCUACAGCACCAAGAAACCAAUAAUUCUGGUAGACGGAGAGACAAGAGCGUUCGGUAUGCUUCACAGAGUCAAUCACUUUGUCCAGACGAUAGGCUGGCCAACAUUCACUUCUGGGUUUGGCAAGGGCUUAGUUGAUGAAACACUACCCAACGUCUAUGGAGUAUGUACGCUUCCAUACAAAGCCUUUGUCGACUCUUGCGAUUUAGUUCUAGUUUUCGGGCCCCAUUUCAGCAACACCAAUACCUACAAUUACUUGUUAAAGCCAGCGGACGACAAAACCGUACUGUUUAGCCCCAACUCGAUCCAGGUUAACAAAGAUGUCUUUCGCGAUCUCCCAGUCGGGUAUUUUAUUGAGCAGCUCACACAACAACUCGAUAUAUCCAAAAUACCGACGCAUAAACAUGAUCUUCCCCACCCAUCACUCAGGGCACUCCCCGAAGUAUCUUCUACCGAUCUAGUCACGCAAACUGGGGGCUUCUGGAAGCGCCUCUCACCCUUUCUCCGUACUGGAGACAUUGUCCUCGGUGAGACCGGAACACCAGGCUACGGCGUCAACGACUUCAUACUACCCCCGCAUUCCCGUCUGUUCAAGCCAGCCACCUGGCUAUCUAUUGGGUACAUGCUUCCAGCUGCACUAGGAGCAAGCCACGCGCAGCGAGAUCGAGUUGCCUCCGGCGAGUACCAUGAUGUAUCGAACCCUCGCACAAUCCUAUUCAUCGGUGACGGCAGUUUCCAAAUGACUGUUCAAGAGCUUAGUACUAUCAUCCACCAACGGCUCAAUGUCAUUAUCUUCUUGAUCAACAAUGACGGAUACACCAUCGAGCGAUGUAUUCAUGGCCGCAACCAGGCAUAUAACGAUAUUGCUCCGUGGCGGUACCUCAAAGCUCCAGAGUUGUUCGGCGCGGACCAGGAGGGCGAGUAUAAAGCACGGACAUGGACAAUAAAGACCUGGGAAGAUAUGGAUUCUGUGUUGAAAGAUCCACAGCUGGCCAACGGCAAGGGUUUGCGGAUGGUAGAAGUUAUUAUGAAAAGGCUUGACGGGCCGGAUGUAUUGAUGGGGGUGUUAAAUAAUCAGAUUUUGAGGGAAAAUGCGCAGAGUAGGCUUUGA